UAUGACAUUUUCGUUAUUUCCCGCCCGACGCUCCAAGCAAACGGUCGAGUCGGACCAAGAACAGCGGCAGCAAACGCUCGCAAGAGAGGAAAGAAAUAAAAGGAGACCCAGACAGCACCGGCCCCCACCAGCGAAAGCAAGAAAAGCACGCGCGUCAUCGAAAAUACUAAAAAAAUAAAGAAAAAACGUGCUAUUAACUAAGAGAAACCAGAGCAAAUACCGUUUUUGGGAACUUACAUAAAACCAUGGCCGAUGCAAAUACUCUAAAUAUCCCCGUGGAUGUGGUGUGGCCCACUGUCAUUGUCAUAGCCAUGCUAAUGGUUAACGGUUUCGUCUUUGCCUACAUCAUGCGAAAGCGCCGGGAGUUCAGCAAGCACCUGGCGGUGGAGCAUCCACACACAUCCUACGCAGCCACCAGCAGCCAGGCGGUGGUCUCAGCACCGCUUGAGGAGCCCGAGGACGACUCCUGUGCCAUUCAAAUGGAGCGUCUGUAGUCGUAGCUAUUGUACUAGUACGUCUCAGACAGAAACUCACCAUCCCCUCUCGUCCAGGCUCAUCAUCAACUGCAACGAAUUUUCCUAAAACCGCAGAUAGCUGAAUAGUUCAAAGAUAUGAUGCUCUCUAAUGCUUGCGAAAAAUCUUGCUAAUACUAUAUAGAUAGAUAUAAAGAUACAGAGCGUAUACGUAUCGCAUCGAGUGCCUAGAACGCACAUGCAUUUAAUUAUGGUUCUUAAGUUGUUAAAUUUGCUACAAAAAGUAUAUUUACAAUAUUAAUAAAACGUGUGAAUUUUAUCAUA